AUGAACACGGCUGUAGUAUCUUUGAAAAGACAAUUACGUAAAGACAUGGCUUCUCGCUUGGAGAAAUUAACCUCUGCAGAAUUGGCAAAGCAAUGUAUCAUGCCUACCUGCGAAAUCAUGACCAGCAAAAUUAUCUAUCAGUUGCUUAAUUCUGACAAAAAUUGUUUUAUUCCACGCUGCACAAAAAAUAAUAUGGAUAUGCUAAAGAUUACUAGUAUCGAUGAUUUUGAAUCACUUCCUAUUAAUAAAUGGAAUAUCCCAGAACCACCUUUGGACCAAGUCAGGGAGAACGCGCUCAGCAAUGAUGGACCUGGAUUAGAUUUGAUACUGGUACCUGGGGUUGCCUUUGACAAAAACAAUAAUAGAAUCGGGCAUGGAAAAGGGUAA